GGUCGUGGGCGCGUAAAGAGAAAAGAGAUAGACAUCGGCGAUGGCUGGACUGUGGUCACACAUUCCACUUCAUCCAGAAAUCGUCACACCAACCCUAGAAACAAAACCCCUGCGACUAUAGAUUCUCGACCCACUCAGAUCGUCUCUGAACUCACUGCACAAAAACUCGAAGCAGAGUUAUCGAAAAUGAAACAGCAGUGGAAGACCACAACAUGUGCUCAGCAACUAGCUGAACUACUAGGGAAGAGAAAUUGGGAUGUCAAUUCCGCCGUUUGCAUCGGGAUCGGGAGUUUCAGUCUUGAUUGGGAGCACCGGAAAAGAAGUCUGUGGCAGUUAGUCUUAUUCCUCGCUAUCCUCGAUCUCAUCUCCCCACAUCCCCAGACCAUCAACCUCUACGCCCAAGACCCGGUGUUUACUACCCUAGACCGCGCAUUCCUGCAAAACCUCUCCAUCGCCGUCUCGACCUCAAAUAUCGAGACGUUCAUUAAAACAUCGUCAUGGGUUUUCGCGCCAUUUGUGGAUUGGCAUUUACUUCUUCCGGUGUUUUUGAGGGAUAGGGAUCCAGUUUUGUACGUGGGGAAUGAGGUUUUGGAAGAUUAUGGGCGGUUUGGGAGAGCGGAUGUGGAAAUAGGGGACGGGAAGGACGGGAAGCGCGGGAAGGGGACGGUGGUGGAAGAGUGUGGGAGGAUUGGGAGGGCGUGGUUGGGGAGGAGGGAGGUAGCUAGAGUGCCGGAGUUUGGGCUGCAUGGGGACGCGUUGCAGGGGCUGGUAGUUUGUUGGAGAAAAGAA